AUGGGCAGGACUUCGGACGUUGGCUUCACAUCUCCCUCAUCCCCUCCCACCAGGCCGUGCAACAACCACGACGUCUUCUCUCGCCUCACCAGCAACCAGAGCCAGGGCUCCGCCCUGGACAAGGGCCUCAUUAACCCCGUGGGUGGUGCCAGGAGUGCCUGGACGGCCCCCCUGCAGUGCAGUUCCCUGGCGGAGGGACACUCCAAGCCCAUUCUCUGUGUGGAUGCCACCGACGAGCUGCUCUUCUCCAGAUCCAAAGACUGGAGCUGCAAAAUGUGGAACCUGGUGACGGGCCAGGAAAUCGCCUCGCUGAAGGGCCACCCCAACAAUGUGGUGUCCAUCAAGUACUGCAACCACUCGGGGCUGGUCUUCACCGUCUCAACCUCCUACAUCAAGGUGUGGGACCUCCGGGACUCGGCCAAGUGCGUCUGCACCCUCACCACCUGCUAAGUCCUGCUGAACCCAACUAGUGGUUGGGAAAGGAUCCUGGGGCAGAAAGGGUGAUCUACACCAUGCAUCUGACCCUGCAUGAUGUCCCAGG